GUUUUAUAAACAAGUCAGUUUGGCAUGCCACCUUAUAGUUUUGCCGAUAUCUCUCAGGAACAGUUAGGAAAAGUAUAAGAAAACAAGGAGAAAAAGAAGCAGCAGCAGAAGAGGAAGGGGAACAUUAGAAAAGAAGAGGAAGUAGAUAUAUAGCAAUGUUGGCAAGCUCUGGAGGUUUAGAGAGGAGUGAAAAUACUGAAGUGCUCUUAGUAGAGGCAGGUGGUGGCGGCGGCGGUGAUGGAGAUCAAGAAGGACCUAAAAAUUUACCUAGGUGGUGGUGGAAGAAAGUGUUGGAUGUGGAGGAGGCCAAGAAACAGGUCAUGUUUUCACUGCCAAUGGUUUUUACCAAUCUUUUUUACUACUUGAUCACUUUGGUGUCAGUCAUGUUCGCCGGCCACCUUGGCGACCUUGAGUUGGCCGGUGCAACCCUUGCCAAUUCAUGGGCCAUUGUCACUGGUUUCGCUUUCAUGGUUGGGUUAAGUGGAGCUCUAGAGACGCUUUGUGGGCAAGGGUUUGGUGCAAAGUUGUAUAAAAUGUUGGGCAUUUAUCUACAAGCUUCCUGCAUCAUAUCUUUCUUUUUCUGUUUCAUCAUAUCUAUAAUCUGGUUCUAUACAGAACGUAUACUUAUUAUACUCUAUCAAGAUCCUCAAAUUUCCAAAUCCGCUGCUGUUUUUAUGAAGUUUCGGAUUCCGGGAUUAUUUGCGUAUGGAUUCCUGCAAAACAUCUUGAGAUUUAUUCAGACACAAUUUGUUGUCCUGCCGUUAGUCUUUGCGCUUGUACCUGUUGUAAUUCAUGUUGGCAUUGCUUAUGGUUUGGUACAUUGGACAGCUCUUGGUUACAAGGGAGCUCCACUAGCAGCUUCAAUUUCGUUAUGGAUAUCCGUUCUUGCGUUGGCCAUGUAUGUCGUCUGCUCGAAGAAGUUUGAGCAUACAUGGCAAGGAUUCUCAUUAGAAUCAUUCCAUUAUGUUGUUUAUGAUUUAAAACUUGCCCUCCCCUCAGCACUAAUGGUAUGUUUGGAGGAAUGGGCUUUUGAAAUUCUGGUGUUGAUGGGAGGAUUAAUGCCGAAUUCGAAAGAAACCACUUCACUAAUUGCAAUGUGUGUGAAUACAGAAGCAAUUGCAUACAUGAUUAUGUAUGGCCUAAGUGCUGCUGCCAGCACAAGGGUGUCAAAUGAAUUAGGCGCAGGAAAUCCCAACAAAGCGAAGAAUGCAGUGGCUGUGACUUUUAAGCUCUCUCUGCUUCUUUCUUUUGCUAUUGUUUUGGCUCUAGCACUUGGUCACAAUACCUGGACUCACUUCUUCAGCGACAGCCAUAUAAUAGCAGAUCAAUUUGCGUCCAUGGUACCAUUGCUUACAAUUUCCAUAGUCGUAGAUUCCGUUCAAGGUGUCUUAUCAGGUGUGGCCAGAGGAUGUGGGUGGCAACACUUGACUGUGUAUGUAAACUUAGCAACAUUCUAUUCGAUUGGUAUGACAAUCUCCAGUCUUCUUGGAUUUAAGUUCAAAUUACAUGCCAAGGGUUUGUGGAUUGGUUUGAUCUGUGGCCUCUCCUGUCAAGCCGGCACGCUUUUGUUCAUAACACUGCGCACGAAAUGGAACGUGUUGGAUUUACCGGAUUUAUCAGAUGUUGAAGAGAAUGAAAAAGCAGUUUUGGUGUGAACAAAUUGUCAGAAAUUAAGACGCGAUAAGAUCAUAUAACUGUGAGAAGUUUAUGCAUUGUUAGAUGCAUGCAUUGCUUAAUAGAAGGAAGGACGUUAGACUGACUGACAAUGGAAUCCGUCUGUUGUGCUUAAACUAAGCCUAAAACAUGUAUUUUGUUAACAGCUUCUAAAUAGACAAGUAGGGUUUGAUCCUUCAUUGUGCGGUUCUUUGGAGAAAUACUAACUGCAGUUACUUUCUCCCAAUGUUUCAAAAAUGCGCCUAGACGGCUUUGGGGCAGGGUGAUGAUGAAAACGCCCCUACUAAGUGAGAGUACACUUAAACUCGCUUAGACGUGCGCCUGAGGCAUUCGACUGGACCUUAUUUUUUUUAAUAGAGACUUGGCAAUGAA